AUGUUGAACUGCCAUCGCACCUCGAAGCAACCGACCGCCAGCAUGUCGACCGAUCCGAAGCUCGACGAGCUACACAAGCAGCUCUUCGAUGAAGGGCUGAAGAUGAGACGGAGUGUGGUGGGAGAUGAAUACGUCAAUCGCGCGCUGGAGAACGGGUCCACUGAGUUCUCACGAGCCGGACAGGAGCUCGUCACCGAGAUGUGCUGGGGAUACGCUUGGACACGUCCAGGUCUCGACAAGAAGCAGAGAAGUCUGAUCAACAUCGGCAUGCUCAUGGCACUCAAUCGCGCCCCCGAGCUUGCUGUGCAUGUGCGCGGGGCGAGGAACAAUGGUCUUUCCGAGCUUGAGAUCCGUGAAGCCAUCAUUCACGCCACAACAUACUGCGGUGUGCCGGCUGGGGUCGACGCGAUGAAGACAGCUGAGAAGGUCCUGAAUGACAUGGCCGAGAAAGGCGAGAUGCCGCGAGAACUGGGCGAAAGGAGCAAGAAGGCGUGA